GUAAGAACAUGCCUUCCACCGGCUCAUCGUCCCGUGCUUGCAAUGACUGCUGAUUCUGAGUGGGAAUAAACUAGUACAUAACCAGGAGAACUCAUGCUUACCGCUAUGCCUACUUUCCAAUGGCUGAUAACGCGAACAUCUCUCUCCCCAGUAUUCACGAAUUGUUCCCAGAGCACAUGCUGCGCGUUUCGCCCGAAGUUCGUGUGAAGGGCAGUGUGCCUCCGACACGCAUUCCGUCUGCACCCAUAUGUACCUCCCCAGCCACUACGCAAGCCCUCGCUCCAGGAUACCCGUUCACAUCCAGAGGCCCCACCGUUGCUCCUCACCUCCCGUCAUCGGACGAAGACGAUGAUGAAAGCAAGAAACAUGUCUGCAGGGUCUGCAAAAAGCGAUUCCGUCGGCCCAGUAGCUUGAAUAUUCAUACCAACACACAUACCGGUGCUACGCCGUAUCGAUGCUCACUUCCUGGAUGCGGAAAAGAGUUCAAUGUCAAGUCAAACAUGCUCAGGCACUAUCGAAGCCACACAAACCCUGUUACAACUCAGUCUUCUUCCUCUCGCUACGACUCUCCAAACGCGAAUCCUUACCCCAAUAUCCCCCCUUUAUCAGCGCCGUCGUCCGCAGUGGAAGGGCAGGACCAGGCCACAGGUCAAGUUCAAAACUACCUUCCGCAAUCUUGGCAUGGCGGCUCACAGGUGGAAAGAGAUAGGUAUUAUCAGCGGCGCUACUCGACGAGUGACGUUCGUUCGCCGCGAGGUGGGACAGGGAAAGAUAAUGAAAUGGAAGAAAGUCGUCCUUAUGCGAGACACAACUGAGGCGUCAGAAUGUGUUAUCACUUUAUUUCACGAAAUUGUCGCUUUCAAAUUAUAUAGGUGGGUAUCAGAGGUUGUGCUUCAGUAUGCCUAGUAGUUAGGGCGGUACAUGUACCACUUGCAAUGCUAAAUUAUUUCCCAAUCGAAACCGACUAUCUCAAGUUACUAUUUGAGAAACUCACCGAUCCAG